AAAUUAUCUUUACCUUGAGGGACAUUGACCGCCAGCGAUAUUAUCGUACUACAACUCUCUAAAUAUGGCUGCCCAAAAGCCAAAGAGAGACAGGCCUGUGCCGACUAUAAGUCAGAGGUCGAAGAAGCGGCAAAAGGUUGAGACUUCAAGCUCCUAUGCGCCCGCAGGAGCUGGUUCAGAUGUGAGGAAGGUACCUGUCGCAUUGGAUGCUUUGCCAUGGAACGAAGUCGAAAUGCCCGAUAUGUUCGAGGAUGCCGAAGGUUUCUUUGGGCUAGAUGAGGUGGACAAUGUUGAGGUUAUCAGAGACGGAAAUCAAGUCAAAUUUGUUACAAAAACCCCAAUUGACGACGACGAGUUCGAAGGGUUUGGUGAUGAUGUAGCGAAUGCGACUGCGGAUGAUGCGGUAAAGACAAAGCCAAAGGAUGCAAAGGCCAAAGCUAAGGGAGCAAAGGCCGAUGCGAAUACGCCGAAAUCAGCGAAGGCGGACAGCAAACAACAAGUCAAGCUGGAGAACCCAAAAACCGAUGAUAGCAAUGUUACAAAAUCCAAAAAGGAGACCAAGAAAGAGAAGGCCGCAAAAUUAGCAGCGAAAGCCAAGGAUUCUGCGGCGAAAUCGAAAGACAAGAAGCUACCAGAGAAACAACAAUCAGCACCCAACGUGUUUGCAGCUCUUCAAGACGAAGCCGAAGAUGAAGAUAUGACUGAAUGGGCAGAGCUGAACCUUUCUACGGCGAUGCUUUCGGCCCUAGCAAAGAUUGGUUUCACGACACCAACACCGAUCCAACAGGAGGCUAUUCCAGAGGUACUAUCUGGGAACGAUGUUAUCGGGAAGGCCUCUACGGGUUCUGGUAAGACGUUGGCCUUUGGUAUUCCAAUUAUCGAGAGAUGGCUCCAGGAUAAUGAAGGCCGGGAGGAUGAAACGGCAACAGAAAAGAAAACUCAGAAAAGCGCAACGGCUUUGAUUCUUUCGCCAACAAGGGAACUGGCACAUCAGUUGACCGAUCAUCUUACGAAGCUUUGCAAAGGGUUGUCCGAUGCGCCAUUCAUAGCCACAGUCACUGGAGGAUUGGCGAUUCAGAAGCAGCAGAGGCAGCUGGCAAGGGCUGACAUCAUCAUCGGCACACCCGGCCGGUUGUGGGAAGUCUUGAGCUCAGGCAUCGAGCUUUCAAAAUCUCUUAAAACGUUGAAAUUCCUCGUUGUCGAUGAGGCGGAUAGAUUGUUAACGGAGGGACAUUUCAAAGAGGCCGAAGAGAUCAUCUCAAAGUUGGACCGCCACGACGCGGACGACGAAGAGGAGCAUGUUGUCACGAGGCAAACCCUCGUCUUUUCCGCCACACUGGCGAAGGGGCUGCAACAAAAGCUAUCAGGAAAGGGUAGGCUUGGGGAUGACGGGAUGGAGUACUUGAUGAAGAAGCUCAAAUUCAAGGGGGAGCCGAAGUUCAUCGACGUGGCGACGUCGGCGAUGGCAGAGGGACUCAAGGAGGGCGUUAUUGAAUGCGGUGCCACCGAAAAGGACCUAUAUCUCUAUACUCUCCUCCUUCACCACCCCAACCUCAAAACGAUCAUUUUCACAAACUCCAUCCACACCGCCCAGCGCCUCACCCCGCUCCUAGCCAACCUCAACUACUUCCCUGUCACCUUACACUCCAACAUGCCCCAGAAAGCUCGUCUUCGAUCUAUCGAGCGGUUUUCCUCUCUACUUGUCGCCACCGAUGUCGCCGCACGCGGACUCGAUCUUCCGGCCGUCGAAUUGGUCAUCCACUACCAUCUCCCCCGUGCCGCGGACAUGUACGUCCAUCGUUCUGGUCGUACAGCGCGUGCUGGAGCACAGGGAACGAGCAUUAUGCUUUGCGCACCCGAGGAGGCGCAGUCGUUACGCCGCCUGGCAGGUAAGGUUGGUGUAAUCCGCACACUUGAUAUUGACAGGCGCGUCGCGGCCCUGUUACGACCACGUGUCGUGCUCGCAAAGAAGAUUGCGGACGCAGGAAUUGCAAAGUCUAAGGGGGAAAGAGGAGAUGAGUGGGCUCGCAAAGCGGCGGAGGAGCUAGGUGUGGACUAUGAUAGUGAAGAUUUUGAGAGAAAGGGGAAGGUUGGAGGGCGCGCAAGGAAAGAGAAGGAAGCGAGGGGAAUGACAAAAGAUGAGAUGGGGAGAGCGAAGGCAGAACUGUCGUCGCUGUUGUCACAGAGGGUUAAUGUCGGUGUCAGUGAGAGGUAUUUGACGGGUGUGGAUGUAAAUGCAUUACUCAAGGGUGGCGGGCAAUGGCUAGGAAGCGUGGAGGGCAUGGAUUAGAUUAGCACGGCCGCACACGAUAUUCCAUCAGAUUUGUAAGAAGCAUUGAAUUAAUUUCAUGUAUCGGUUGACAAAUAAUAU